AUGCAGUCGCCCACACGGCGACGACGGUCUGCACAGCCGUCUCCUGCUGCCAAGCCGACGGCCAGUGCGCCUCGCUUGGCGUUCAUGACGGGCGAGCACAGUGAUGCUGGUCUGACCCCGCCGCCUGCAAUCGUGUAUGGCAUGCCUCGAUCAUCCUCUCAUGAUGACAUUGCCCGUGUCACUACCGCUCACUAUGAGCCGGUCAGUCAGGACGGCGCAGGCAGUCUCGAAGCGCCGAUUCACCUCCGUGAAACUCAACAGCCCUCCUCUGCUAUGCUUCAUCCAACCCACACCCCAUCACAUUCCCAAGGUGGUAGUCCUGUCUAUGAAGCACCUCGUCUGCGUCGCCCAGCAAGCCACCAACUGUUGCCGCCGUCGCAAUCCCAGUCGAGGUCUACCAACCCUGGCGGAUCGUCAUCGACCGUCAGCUCCCAGCCUGCUGGCCGCAUGAGUGCUCGCACAUCCACAUCAUCGUCUAUGAUGUCGACAGGCUCUAUGGAUGCCUCAUCCAGCUCAUUGCCUGCUUCGUCACGGCCAACCUCAGCGUCGGGUGCCUCGGUCCUCUCGACUGGGCCUCGUCCAGCCUCUGCUGCCGCGGCCGCACCUCGACAAGGCGAGAGGCCACCACAGAUGCGCACUGCUCCUUCACGUCCUUCGUCGUCGGGCAGUGGUGGCUCCUCACAGGCUCCCAGUGUCUCAACCUUGCCGUCCAUCCGUGUGACAUUGCCCGAUGUUGAAUCGCUUCAGAAGCAACGCGAACAUGCAGUGACCCACGGCACAGAUCUUGAUCGUUUGCGCUGGUCUGUACAAGUUCUCAAGCUGGUGGAGCGUAUGCAAACGAGCCAGGCACCGAUCGAAGAUCCUGUGCCUGGAUGGAUCGAAGAAGCGAUCACACAAAUUGUGCAAAGCGCGUCGCAUCUCCAGCCAGAACCAGAAGCAUUGUAUGCCCGUGGUGACUUGCUAGCCAGUGGCGCCUUCCCCCAGUAUGUGGCCAAGGAUUUGCGAUCGGCUUUCAGCGACUUUGAGCGAUCUGCGAGGAUGGGCUGGGCGCCCAGUUGGUUCCGUAUUGGACGUGACUACGAGACGUUAGGCGAUUUCGCGCGCGCUCGUACAGCCUACACACGAGGCAUCCAAGUGAAUGACGUGGGAUCGAUGUACCGUAUGAGUAUGGCGAAACUGCUGGGCCAGCUGGAAGUUUCUCAGGAUACUAUGGAAGGCGUAGCGCUCCUUCAAGCGUCUGCGGAUGCUGCUACUGUCGAUACACCGCACCCGGCGUACAUUUACGCCCUGCUCCUUGCCGGAGAACUGUCCAGUGUACCUGUUCCGCUUGAGGCUUUCAUCACGCCGGAUAUGCCAUCGCCUACGCGUGCAUCGCUAGCGCCCUUGGCCAAGCGUUAUUUGGAGCGCGCUGCGUACCUCAACUUGGCGGCAGCGCAGUCCAAAUGUGGCUGGUGCUACGAACAUGCCCAGCUUUCGUUCCCCUUUGACCCGCUCAUGAGUGUGCAGUACUACAGUGCGGCCAGUCAGGGUGGCGAUCCCGAGUCAGACAUGGCGCUGAGCAAAUGGUUCCUGUGCGGUGCGGAGGGCUGCUUCGAGAAAAACGAGUCGCUGGCAUGGACCUUCGCGGAGCGGGCCGCAAAGCACCAUGUCCCUACCGCCGAAUUUGCGAUGGGCUACUACUUGGAAGUGGGUAUUGGUGUCCCUAUCAAUUUGGAGCAGGCGCGUGUCUGGUAUACCCAAGCGGCGGAGCAUGGCAAUGAAGAUGCGAAAGAACGUUUGCAGGCGCUGAGCGCUUCUGCGUCUGGCCCACUUUCGCGAGCCGAUCACCAGGAGCACUUGGAUGAGCGUGUAUAUGCUGUGCAUCAACGUGCACGUACGGCUUCUGGCGGCACCAACCCUGUGCCCAGUCCGACCAUGGCAGCGUCUGGGGGUGAUCUAGCGCGUCGACGAACGUUGCGGAUGGCGGAAGACAGCGCACAGCGUCGGCAAGCGCCCACUACAUCGUCACCGAAGCCAACACGUCCUAGCCAAGGACCAGCCCUGCCUGCCACGGCUGUCUCGUACCUGCACAACAACAAACCCGGCACGACAUCUACGAAAAAAGGACCACAGACUUUCAGCGAAAUGGGUUAUACACCCAAGCCAGACAAGGAGUGCACCAUAUGUUGA